AUGCCGUGCUUUGCAGAUACAAUUGUAAAAAUUAAAUAUGUUAAACAAAAUACUAAAGAAAAAUCUGAUUUAAUUUCGAUCUGGGCUAUUGGAGCAUACCCGAUUGGACAGGAAGACUGUGAAAUUGAAUUAACAUUAUUCUUAUCAACUAACCUCAAAAAAAGAGAUACUGACACACAAGCUAUAUUCGAAAAAGAUGAAUUUUACUCU